AUGACACAGAGGAAACAAUGUUCUGUUGUCAUAACAACAGUUAAUCGUAAGAUGUUUGCCGGAGAUCUAUACUUGAACACUUUACCAGCUACUCGGUUUUAUCAGCACGAUGAACCACAAGAGGUAGAGAGUGUUAGGCACCAAUAUGAAAAUAUUCAGACUUCUUCUCUACAAGAACAUGAGUUAAAUGAAGAAAGCUCCUCAUUGAAGACCAUUUCGCAGAUGUUAUCAUUUUUAGAUGUUGCUAAACCUCAGGAAAAAGAAUUUAUCUGCUCUGCCAGAAUAGUUGAUAUCAUAACCCGAAAUGGAUGGUACAAUAUCUCAUGCGCAAAAUGCUACUACAGAAUCAAACCGUUGGAUGAUAAAUUGAUUUGUCGCUUUUGUGACGAUUCCAGUUUUAUCGGUGUGGUCAGGUUUCGGCUUGAAGUCAUUGUUGAUGAUGAGACAGAUCAAGGAAGAUUUGUAAUCUUUGACAGAGAGGCAAGGAAAUUGACUAACAUGUUGGCCGGAGAUUUGAUAACAUUUAAGGGUGCAACUUCCUAG